CCCUGUCCAGCUCCCGUGGUUUGCAGUCAAGAACCGGUCAGAUCCGAAUAGAAUCGGGUUGGCUCGAACCCGCAUAUGGAUCGGACUACAAGUUUUCCGGCUUCUUAGAUGGAGUGAAGAGGCCGAAGAGAAGCGGCAGCGGCGAUCAAAGAUGAGCCUGAAGAACCUUCUCUGUUCGGCGGCUUUGCAGGGUGUUGCGGAGGCGCGUGCGAGGAUAUUUGGGCACGUUUUGAACCCGACGGGGAGGCGAUCGCCUCACAAGAUUCUACGCAAGAAGCUAAUCGGUGAGAAGGUCGCUCAGUGGUACCCUUACGACAUCAAGAACGAUGACCCGCUCAUCUUGGCUCGGGAAGAGAAGGAGCGAUUGGCUAAGCUCGAAAUGCUCAAGCGUCGUGGUAAGGGUCCUCCUAAGAAGGGCCAGGGAAGGCGAGCUGUGAAGCGCAGCAAGUAGUAAGUUAAAAUCACCUUUAUCUUCUUAGUUCAUUUUCUUUUGGUCAUCAUUAAAAGGCAUCACUAGUGAAGCUUGAUACUCUUUUUCUUGAUUAUUUGCGUGUCUACUGUUACAUGCAUGUAGGAAGCCAUGUAUUUAAGUUAUUUGCUGAGAGUCUGUUAAGUUCCCUGUAACUGAUAAAUAGUGACAAUUUCUACUUCUGGAAAACUGAAAUGAAUUUCAUGGUAGAAGUUUCUGAGCUUAAAUAGAAGAAAGAAGAGGGAGUAUUUUG